AUGAAGCGGUCAGUAGGCUAUGCUAUCUCAAGAGAGGCUUACAAUAGACACAAAAACGGAGACGACACAGCGCUGUGCAACAGCAAAUUGCUGAAGGAUGGCGCUUUGGAUCUAAAGUCUGAUUUUGUGGUUCUAUCGUGUGCUGAGUGGGACCGCAUUGUGGGGCUAGUUGGGUGCGACACAGAGAUUCCUGUUGGCUCUGUAAAUAUGAACAUUGUUGUCAACAACGGGGACGUCAACAAGAAGUUUGCAAUUCCUGCAGGCGAAGUUCUGUUCACCGUGAUAAAGAUAGUGCUGUUCAAGGAGGGAAUGGAGGAGGAAGAGUUUGCCAGGGAGUACACGUACAGCACUACGCCUGAGAUACAGCUGGGCGAUAAGAUAGUUCGCGGAGACAGCGAGCACGUGAAAGUUGAGAUCUUUUCAAGAAGAGAAAAAAUGGUGCCGCAAGCGAUCAAUGAGUGCACGCCCGUUGAGUUCAGGAAUGUCGGGCUUACCUGCUACAUGAACACAGCGCUGCAGGUUCUUUUGGGGGUGGGAGAGCUCUCGGCAGCGAUUGAGGGCAUGAGCACGCGCGAAAUAGACGAGUACUCCAGACGGAAAAAUACCAAAAAAGGAUACAACAAGGAAAAGAGCGGAGAUCUGCUCCGGGCGUACAGAGAUCUUAUCAAAACAGUUCGAGUAAAAGGCGACUGUCUUGCAAAGCUGAAAGAAAUCAAGAGAGCGAUGGGAAACAUCGACUUCCGAUACAGAGGAUGCACGGAAGAAGAUGCAGGCGAAGCAUUUUCUCUGAUUUUGAGCAACUUCAACUAUCUUUUUGAAAAAACAAAGUACGAAAAGCUGAUACCGGAUCUGUUUAUAUACCACGCAGAGUCUGUGAAAAUAUUUAAGAAAAACAGAGAAAGCGUCUCCUCCGAGAUAAAGCCGCUCUACAAGUCGUUUGUUCUCAAUGGGUCAUUUGGCUCAGAAGGCGGGCCUCACUCGCACGUGCUUAUCAUCCACAAAAACCAGCUUGUGGUUACGAGGCUGUGCAUACACUCAGAGGGCCGCGUGAGCGUGAGAGCGAUAAAAGAGAGAAUAGCGGGCAGCUUUCGUGUGGAUCUGGGGGAAAUAGUGGGCAUCCUCGUUGAUGACGGGAAGGUGGCUAGACUGGCAGACUCAUACGAGUUUUCUCUCAACAAAAAUCUUUUGCUCCAGCCUAUUUUUUACGUUACAGACAAGGACUUAGACAAGAUCGAGUUUUUGUUUUUGAGCUACACUGCGGCAGUUGAAGGCCUUUCUUUUUUUACAUCUUUGUUCAGCGGAGUAAAAAACGUUUUCCAAAUGCCGUUCUUGGUGGAGAAGAAGUGCAACAUAGCACAGUUUUUGCAGAACAAUCUGAAAAUAAAGAGGCGGACAGAGGUGCCAAAUACAGUGCUGGACAUACAGCAGAACGUAGAUGCUUCUGACCUGCACUUUGGCUCCAUGGUGAUUGCGCUAUCUAACAAAUAUUGGGAUGCAACAGCACACAUUGACAUCAUAAAAAACAGAAAGUACGAAGCAAAAGACUACGUCCAUGUGCAGUGUGUGGUGAGCAACUGGGAAAACGUGACCGUUAGAAGUAAGUCGGCUGGAGACAAAGAAAACUUUGACUUUGAUACGAUUGAAGAGUCUACAAAAUUCAGCCGGUUUUCAAAAUACUUCUGUGUUCAGCUGCCAAUAGGCCUUGGCAGGCCGUUCAAAGGAGAGAAAAUGUUUGAUAGACAGAAGCUGUUUGUAGAGAAAGAUGGGCUGAUGCUCGACGGAGUAUCGUACUCGCUGGUUGGCAUACUGGUGCACCACAGCUUUGGGAUAGGAGGCCACUAUGUUGCGUUCACGAAGAGAAACAACACCUGGUAUCACUGUAAUGACAGCACAAUUACUAAAUCAUCGGUCAACGAGGCAAUAUCAACGGGGUAUCCGUAUGGGAUAUUAUACACAAAAACAGAUGCAUAA